AAGAGCAGGGAAGAGGAACGCCGGGUGGCAGAGAGGCAGGGAGGGGGAAAGACACGCUGAAGAAGGAGAGGGAAGAGUUGGCUCUGAGCUCCCUGGGGAACAUCCCGGGCACCGCCCCGGCCCCCAGCCGCCGCCGCCAGCCCCGCGCACCCAGGAGCACGGCGGCCAGCCCCGCCAGCCCUGCGCCCCGGCACCGCCGCAUCCCGCCGCUCCGCCGCCCGCGCCUCGCUGCGCCCCGCCAGCCCCGGCUCUCUGCUCCGGCCGCGCCGCCUCCUCUCCCCCUCCUCUUCUCUCCUCGGCCCCUCCGCCGCCGCCAGCUCCGCCCCGGGGCUGCGCCCUGCGCCGGCGCCGCUCGGGGGCUCGCCCGGCCCCGCAGCGCUCAGUGGCUCUGCACGGGCAGAGGGUUCUCUCCGGGGAAAUGGGCUCUCCCCGUCCUCCUGGGGAGCAAGGGCUCCCCCGCAACAAGAACCCCGCACAGCGCCAGGCACGGCCUGGGAGAGCUGCAGGGCCCUGAGCCAGGAGAUGGACCGGCUUCCCAGAGCUGCCUCCGAGCUCAGGGGCUGGAAACACCAGCCGCUGGUUUCCUGCGCAUGGCAGUGAGGAGGCUGAGGGCCUGCCUUCAGCUGCCUCUCUGCAGGCCCAGCACACUGCCUAGAAUGGGGACUAGUCAAAAUGGGCCAGAAAUUUUUCCUGAGGGUGCUGUUACGCAGGAUGGGGUCAAAACCAAGGAGAAGAAGCCACACACCUGGGAAGGUAACAAAAAGUGACCAUUGAGGUGAGCUGAUGCGGGAGGGAAAGAGAAGGACAGGGUACAUCCUCAUGCACAGGAACCCUUGAGUGUCCAGCUGAGGAAUGCUGGAAUAUCUUCCUGAGAACAGUGCUUCAAACAGCCCCACCAAAGUGACCCAGGCUGACUUCACUGGCCUGCUCUCGACCCGUCCAGCGCUUGAACUGAGUUCUGCCAGCACUGCUGCAUUCCUGCCCUAGAAAUUCUGGGGCCUUUCAUCCCAGCACUCACAAGAAGCCUUCAAUGGGGAAUGGGCACGCUCUAUACCUGGCAAUGAAAAGGCAGCAGUGUUGGAAAUCACAGCACAGCCCAUAUCAUUAGCUGUGACAGUCUGCAUUGAGGAUGAGCUUGUCAGGAAAUUGUUACCUCUGCAAAGGGUGCCUGUGUUCCUGCGGCAAUGAAGGGCAGGUAUAAAAGCCAGCGCAAGUCCCCGCUCUCUCAUCCACUUCUCUUGCCUCCUUCUCCUUGGGAACAGGUGCACCUCCAGCCCAGAGACAUGUCCUGCUACAGCCAGUGCCUGCCAUGCCGGCCCUGCGGCCCGACCCCGCUGGCCAACAGCUGCAAUGAGCCCUGUGUCAGGCAGUGCCAGAACUCCACUGUCGUCAUUGAGCCCCCGGCUGUGGUGGUGACCCUGCCCGGCCCCAUCCUCAGCUCCUUCCCACAGAGCACCGUGGUGGGCUCGUCCACCUCCGCUGCUGUUGGCAGCAUCCUGAGCUGUGAUGGAGUGCCCAUCUCCUCCGGGGGCUUGGACCUCUCCUGCAUUACCAGCCGCUACUGUGGCAGAAGGUGCCUCCCCUGCUAAAGAUGCUGGGAAAGCCCCAGGGAGACAGCCUGAGGAACUCAGAAUAUGGUGCUGGGCAGAGAAUUGCUCUCCUGGAUUGUGUUUUCAGCACAUCUCAGCGACCUUGCCUUUGCCUCCCUUUACUUUGUUGG